AUGGUCUGCGAGCCAGCUGCCAUGCAACUGAGCUACUUUGGCUGUGAUUUUGGCAGAAGCAGUAACUUGUUUUUCCCACCUUGCCUGCAACUGAGCAAAGAGGAAGGGAAGUCUACUUACACUGUCCCCUUGGUUGAAACCAUGUUGGGUAUUUCAGUAGCAGAAGGAAUGAUUAGUUGUGGCUACUUAGUCUUCAAAGAGAGAAGUAAGAAACUUUUUAGCAAGAAAAAAUUGAAAAGGAAACAGAAGACUAAAUUGAAAGUAAAAACACGCAACAAGACUGAAAACCUAGAAAGUACGAUAACUAUACCAGAUAUCAGAUUACAUAGCAACCCUUCAGCUUUUAAUGUUUACUGCAAUGUCCGCCAUUGUGUGUUGGAGUGGCAAAAAAAGGAAGCAUCUGUAUCUUUGGCUUCAAAGAACAGUGUACAGAGUGGGGAUUCGGACAGUGACGAAGAGGAGGAAUCCAAAGAGCCGCCUAUUAAACUUCCAAAGAUCAUUGAAGUCGGAUUAUGUGAAGUCUUUGAACUGAUAAAGGAGACAAGAUUUUCUCAUCCAUCCUUGUGUCUCAGGAGCUUACAAGCGCUACUUAAUGUGCUCCAGGGCCAGCAACCAGAAGGCCUGCAAUCAGAGCCCCCUGAAGUCCUAGAAUCCCUGUUCCAACUUCUUCUGGAGAUAACUGUCCGUAGCACGGGAAUGAAUGACAGUACAGGACAGUCCUUGACAGCACUUUCCUGCGCUUGCCUCUUCAGUUUGGUAGCUGCAUGGGGAGAGACAGGAAGAACGUUGCAAGCAAUCUCUGCUAUCCUCACCAAUAAUGGCAGCCAUGCUUGCCAGACUAUUCAGGUGCCAACCAUUUUAAACUCUCUUCAGCGGAGUGUACAGGCAGUUCUGGUGGGCAAAAUCCAAAUCCAGGACUGGUUCAGUAAUGGGAUAAAGAAGGCAGCCUUGAUGCACAAGUGGUUAUUGAAGGAAAUAUCUGUAGAUGAAGAUGACCAGUGCCUACUUCAGAGUGAUGGGUUUUUCCUCUAUCUCUUAUGUAAAGAUGGACUUUACAAAAUUGGCUCUGGAUAUAGUGGGACAGUGCGGGGCCAUAUAUAUAAUUCUACAUCCCGCAUCAAAAACAGGAAGGAAAAAAAGUCUUGGUUAGGCUAUGCUCAGAUUGUGGAAGAUGAGGAACGUCUGAUGGUACUGGGUUAUUUAUUGUAUAGAGAUGCACAUAAUCACAGUAUGACAGCCAUAAGAAUAAACCCUGAAACUCUGGAACAAGACGGUACAGUUGCUUUGCCAGGUAUGAACCUCCAGAUACGAGAAGAUGGUUAUAGUUUACUGUUUACAUGCUAUGUAUUUUCAGAUUGUCGUACUGAAGGGCAGAAUAUCCUUUUCACUGAUGGUGAAUAUAUUAAUCAAAUAGCUGCAUCUAGAGAUGAUGGCUUUGUAGUGCGAAUAUUUGCAACAAGUACUGAGCCAGUACUGCAACAAGAACUGCAGCUCAAGCUUGCAAGAAAAUGCUUACAUGCCUGUGGUAUCUCAUUGUUUGAUCUGGAAAAAGACUUGCACAUUAUCAGUACGGGGUUUGAUGAGGAAUCCGCUGUCCUUGGUGCUGGAAGGGAGUUUGCACUGAUGAAAACUGCGAGUGGAAAGUUCUCUGUUGGACAUGAUGGCUCACAUGCCUUACUUGUUGCUGAGGAUGGAAGCAUAUUCUUCACAGGUUCUGCUAGUAAAGGAGAGGAUGGCGAAUCGACUAAAAGCAGACGACAGUCAAAACCAUAUAAGCCUAAAAAAAUUAUUAAAAUGGAAGGAAAGAUUGUCAUAUCUACAGCGUGCAAUAAUGGAAGUAGUUCUGUAAUUUCAAAAGAUGGAGAACUCUACAUGUUUGGAAAAGAUGCCAUUUACUCUGAUAGCACAAGUUUAGUAACAGAUUUGAAAGGCCAUUUUGUGACUCAGGUAGCCAUGGGCAAAGCUCACACCUGUGUGUUAAUGAAGAAUGGAGAAGUUUGGACUUUUGGCGUAAAUAAUAAAGGACAGUGUGGACGAGACACAGGCUCCAUGAGCCAGGGAGGAAAAGGUUUUGGAGUUGAGAACAUGGCAACAGCAAUGGAUGAAGACCUAGAAGAGGAACUGGAUGAAAAAGACGAGAAGUCCAUGAUGUGUCCUCCAGGCAUGCAUAAAUGGAAGCUGGAGCAGUGUAUGGUGUGCACUGUAUGUGGAGAUUGCACAGGCUAUGGAGCUAGCUGUGUUAGUAGUGGGCGUCCUGACAGAGUGCCUGGAGGAAUCUGUGGCUGUGGCUCAGGUGAGUCGGGCUGCGCGGUAUGUGGCUGCUGCAAGGCGUGUGCUAGAGAACUGGAUGGCCAGGAAGCAAGGCAAAGAGGAAUCCUUGAUGCUGUAAAGGAGAUGAUACCUUUAGAUCUCUUGCUGGCUGUCCCUGUUCCUGGAGUUAAUAUUGAAGAACACCUUCAGUUACGGCAAGAAGAAAAGCGGCAACGUGUAAAUAGGAGACAUAGAUUGGAAGAAGGAAGAGAUGGAAGUGGAGAAAGAGGUGAGAAGGAUGCCAGCAAAAUCACAACCUAUCCCCCAGGGGCUGUCCGCUUUGACUGUGAGCUGCGAGCCGUACAAGUCAGCUGUGGAUUUCACCAUUCAGUGGUUUUGAUGGAGAAUGGUGAUGUUUACACAUUUGGAUACGGACAGCAUGGGCAACUUGGACAUGGUGAUGUUAAUUCCAGUGACAGGAGUUACUGCUGGUUUCCACUGACCCGCUCCACUGUAGCAGCCCGCGGUGAACCUGGAUUUACAGCACGGUGGCCAGCUGCCCCAAGGGCCGCCUUGCCAUGCCCGGCAGCUUGCCCUCGCCUGGAUCAGUACCAUGGACAGCGAUUGGUCGAACGGUUAGGGCGGGACGAGUUUGCAAAGACCGCAUCUGCUCCCAGAAGUGCUUACUCUUCGGGAUGGAAGAGGGUUUCGGUGUGGACAGCCAAAACGCAUUUGGACCUUCUGCAGGAUCCAGAAGUUGAACUGAAGAGACGGUACUUGAUCUGGUUCCCUAAAGGUCAGCUUGGUAGACCAAUUCUGGAUAUGCCCUACUGGAAUGCAAAACCAGCACCUAUGCCUAAUAUAGGCUCUAAAUAUGGACGCAAAGCAACGUGGAUUGGAGCAAGUGGAGACCAGACUUUUCUCCGGAUUGACGAAGCUCUCAUUAAUUCUCAUGUGCUUGCUACAUCAGAGAUCUUUGCAAGCAGGCAUAUAAUAGGUUUGGUACCAGCUUCAAUAUCAGAACCUCCACCUUUUAAAUGUCUUCUGAUAAACAAAGUAGAUGGCAGUUGCAAAACAUUCAAUGAUUCUGAGCAGGAAGACCUUCAAGGUUCUGGUGUGUGUCUGGAUCCUGUCUAUGAUGUUAUUUGGAGGUUUCGACCAAAUGCUAGGGAACUGUGGAGUUACAAUGCAGUAGUUGCUGAUUCCAGACUUCCCUCAGCUCCAGACAUGCAAUCCCGGUGUAGUAUUUUGAGUCCAGAACUUGCUCUACCAACAGGUUCCAAAGCUCUAACCACCAGAUCUCAUGCAGCUUUGCACAUUCUAGGUUGUCUUGAUACUUUGGCUGCUAUGCAGGACUUGAAAAUGGGUGUAGCAAAUACAGAAGAGGAGACUCAAGCAGUAAUGAAAGUUUAUUCUAAAGAAGACUAUAGUGUUGUUAACAGAUUUGAAAGUCAUGGAGGAGGCUGGGGUUAUUCAGCCCACUCAGUAGAAGCUAUCCGUUUCUGUGCCGAUACAGAUAUUUUGUUAGGUGGUCUUGGUCUUUUUGGAGGUAGGGGUGAAUACACUGCUAAAAUAAAGUUGUUUGAGUUGGGUCCAGAUGGGGGAGACCAUGAGACUGAUGGAGACCUUCUUGCUGAAACAGAUGUCUUGGCAUAUGAUUGUGCUGCUAGAGAGAAGUAUGCAAUGAUGUUUGAUGAACCAGUACUCCUACAAGCUGGCUGGUGGUAUGUAGCCUGGGCAAGAGUGUCAGGACCUAGCAGUGAUUGUGGAUCUCACGGACAGGCCUCUAUUACAACAGAUGAUGGGUUGCCAACAAGUGAUGGCAGUGCAUCCAAAGGAAAACAGCAAACCAGUGAACCUGUGCAUAUUUUAAAGAGAUCUUUUGCGAGAACUGUCUCAGUGGAAUGCUUUGAAUCUUUAUUGAGCAUUCUUCACUGGAGCUGGACAACGCUGGUGCUGGGAGUUGAAGAACUUCGUGGACUUAAAGGGUUCCAAUACACAGCUACUCUUCUAGAUUUAGAAAGGUUGCGUUUUGUGGGCACUUGCUGCCUCAGGUUGCUGAGGGUCUACACCUGUGAAAUAUAUCCAAUAUCAGCUACGGCUAAGGCAGUUGUAGAGGAAACCAGCAAACUCGCAGAUUGCAUUGGAAAAACUAGGACCUUGCUGAGAAAAAUUUUAUCAGAAGGAGUUGAUCAUUGCAUGGUGAAGUUGGACAACGAUCCACAAGGAUAUCUCAGUCAGCCUCUCAGUCUUUUAGAAGCAGUUCUGCAGGAAUCCAACGCCGGCUCUCCAGACAUCCAGGAAGCAAACUUCAAAACCUCCAGCAGCCGCCUUCUUGCCGCUGUUAUGUCGGCUCUCUGCCAUACUUCAGUAAAACUGACCUCUAUCUUUCCUAUUGCUUAUGAUGGGGAGGCGUUGCUGCGAUCGAUGGUUAAACAAGUCAGCACUGAGAAUGACUCUGCUCUGGCCCAUCGGUUUCCUCUUUUGGUUGCACACAUGGAAAAACUUAGUCAGAGUGAAGAAAACGUUUCAGGGAUGACAAGCUUCCGGGAAGUACUGGAAAAGAUGUUGGUCAUUGUUGUUUUGCCAGUACGGAACAGCCUUAGAAGAGAAAAUGAACUUUUCUCUUCGCAUCUGGUUUCUAAUACUUGUGGGUUGCUUGCUAGUAUUGUGAGUGAGCUUACAGCAUCAUCAUUAGGAUCUGAGGUUGAUGGGCUGAACUCUCUCCAUUCUGUCAAAUCCACUCCAAACCGAUUCACUAAAACAAGUCAGGGAAGAAGCUGGAAUACUGGGAAUGGAUCCCCUGAUGCGAUUUGUUUCUCUGUCGACAAACCGGGUGUAGUUGUAGUAGGCUUUUCUGUUUAUGGUGGAGGAGGAAUUCACGAGUAUGAGUUGGAGGUACUGGUUGAUGAUAGUGAUCAUACUGGAGAUUCAACUCAUUCUCAUAGAUGGACCUCUUUAGAGUUGGUUAAAGGAACUUAUACGACAGAUGAUUCUCCCAGUGACAUAGCUGAGAUCAGACUUGACAAAGUUGUGCCGCUGAAGGAAAAUGUGAAGUAUGCAGUUCGUUUGAGGAAUUAUGGAAGCCGGACUGCCAAUGGAGAUGGAGGAAUGACCACAGUUCAGUGUCCAGAUGGUGUAACAUUUACAUUUAGUACAUGUAGUCUGAGCAGUAAUGGCACAAACCAAACACGAGGACAAAUUCCACAGAUUCUUUAUUACAGGAGUGAGUAUGAUGGAGAUCUGCAAUCACAGCUUCUGAAUAAAGCUAAUGAAGAAGAUAAGAAUUGUAGCAGGGCUCUUUCUGUCGUGAGCGCUGUUGUACGAGCAGCCAAAGACCUGUUGCACAGGGCUCUUGCUGUAGAUGCUGAAGACAUUCCAGAACUACUCAGCUCUUCCAGUCUGUUUUCAAUGCUGCUUCCCCUCAUAAUAGCCUACAUAGGACCUGUAGCAGCAGCCAUUCCCAAGGUUGCUGUUGAGGUCUUUGGCCUAGUGCAACAGGUACUUCCUUCUGUGGCAGUUCUCAAUCAGAAAUACGCCCCUCCAGCUUUUAACCCAAAUCAGUCUACAGACAGCACCACCGGAAACCAGCCGGAGCAAGGGCUCUCAGCUUGUACUACCUCCAAUCACUAUGCUGUUGUAGAAAGUGAGCAUCCUUAUAAACCUGCCUGUGUCACGCACUAUAAGGUGACUUUUCCUGAAUGUGUCAGGUGGAUAACGAUAGAGUUUGACACUCAGUGUGGCACUGCUCAGUCCGAGGAUGUUCUUCGUUUACUAAUUCCUGUCAGAAUUGCACAGAGUCUGGGAUUUGGACCAAAGCAUACUUCUGUUCAUGAAAACCUUAAUUCAUGGAUAGAACUGAAGAAAUUCUGUGGAUCUUCAGGGUGGCCUACCAUGGUAUUAGUAUUGCCAGGAAACGAAGCUCUCUUUUCUCUGGAGACUGCGUCAGACUACGUGAAAGAUGAAAAGGCUUGUUUUUAUGGUUUCAAGUGUUAUGCAAUUGGAUAUGAAUUUAGUCCAGGAUCUGAUGAGGGUAUUAUUCAGCUGGAGAAAGAAUUGGCCAAUUUAGGAGGAUCAUGUGCAGCAGCUUUGAUGAAAAAAGAUCUAGCGCUUCCUAUUGGCUUGGCACUAUCUCACUCACCAACCAUUUUGGAAGCUCUUGAAGGAAGUCUUCCACUUCAGGUACAAAGCAACGAGCAGUCAUUUCUGGAGGAUUUCAUUGCUUGUGUACCAGGAUCAAGUGGGGGACGACUUGCAAGGUGGCUUCAGCCAGAUUCGUAUGCAGAUCCUCAAAAAACAUCGCUGAUUUUGAAUAAGGAUGACAUUCGAUGUGGUUGGCCAACUGUUAUUACAGUGCAAACAAAAGACCAGUAUGGGGAUGUUGUUCAUGUUCCUAAUAUGAAAGUAGAAGUCAAAGCUAUUCCCGUUUCUCAGAAAAAAACAUCUUUGCAACAGGAACAAGUUAAAAAGGUGCAACGGAUACCAGGGAGUCCUGCAUCAGCUGCUUCCCCUAGCAGUGAUAUGACCUUUGGAGGACUGCCUUCACCAAAGCUUGAUUCUUCCUAUGAGCCAAUGAUAGUAAAAGAAGCUCGAUAUAUUGCUAUUACAAUGAUGAAGGCAUAUGAAAAUUAUUCUUUUGAAGAGCUACGCUUUGCCUCACCAACACCAAAGAGACCCAGUGAAAACAUGUUGAUCAGAGUCAAUAAUGAUGGUACAUACUGUGCAAACUGGACUCCUGGAGCUGUUGGUCUCUAUACCAUUCAUGUUACUAUAGAUGGCAUUGAAAUAGAUGCUGGACUAGAAGUGAAAGUAAAAGAUCCUCCAAAGGGAAUGAUACCUCCUGGAACCCAACUUAUUAAACCAAAAGCAGAGCCUCAGCCAAACAAGGUUCGCAAAUUUGUGGCCAAGGACAGUGCAGGGCUUCGUAUCCGUAGCCACCCUUCCCUUCAGAGUGAGCAAAUAGGCAUAGUGAAAGUCAAUGGAUCCAUCACUUUCAUUGACGAGAUCCACAAUGAUGAUGGUGUUUGGCUGAGGCUGAAUGAUGAGACAAUAAAGAAGUAUGUUCCUAACAUGAAUGGUUACACUGAAGCCUGGUGUCUCUCUUUUAACCAACAUCUUGGCAAGAGCCUUCUGGUACCUGUUGACAAUGUCUUUAAUGCUAGCCAAGGAGUAAGUGAUUUGGACUUUUUUUCAUGGACUUCCAAAGCUUUACCCCCUAAGGAAUCUAGGUCUAAUACUGAUGGUUUUUUCAAAGACCUAAAUUCACACUGCCCACAGGAAGCAGUGAUGCAAGAGCAAGAUAUGCCAUUCCUUCGAGGUGGACCUGGAGUGUACAAGGUAGUGAAGACUGGCCCAUCAGGUCACAACAUCAGAAGCUGCCCUAACCUUAGAGGUAUCCCAAUUGGAAUGUUAGUUCUGGGAAACAAAGUCAAGGCAGUGGGCGAGGUGACUAAUUCGGAAGGUACAUGGGUGCAAAUGGAUAAGAACAGCAUGGUGGAGUUCUGUGAAAGUGAUGAAGGCGAGGCAUGGUCAUUAGCUAGAGACAGAGGUGGGAACCAGUACCUUCGACACGAAGAUGAGCAAGUCCUGCUAGAUCAGAAUGUUCAGACUCCUCCCCCAAGUCCUUUUUCAAUACAAGCUUUCAGUAAGGGGACAAGCUGCGGUAAUGGACAAGGGUUUGAUUAUGGCCUUGGAAAUAACAAAGGUGACCAACUGAGUGCCAUACUGAAUUCCAUUCAGUCACGGCCAAAUCUCCCAGCUCCUUCCAUCUUUGAUCAAGCUGCAAAACCUCCCUCUUCCCUAGUCCACAGUCCAUUUGUGUUCGGACAGCCCCUUUCCUUCCAGCAGCCUCAGCCACAGCUUCAGAGUGACCGAAUGAAUUUCACAGGAGCUGCUAGACCAGUUUCUCCAGCAGGAAAAUCAGAUAUGUCAUCAAAACACAGAGCUGACAGCAGGUCACCCAAGCUUGAUGUGCGAAUGAAUAGAGCUGCUGCUGACCAGAAGAAACCUAGGAAUACAGAAGGCAUAUCUGCCAGUGAGUCUCUUAUGCUGAAAUCAGAUGCUGCAAAAUUGCGGUCAGACUCUCACAGCAGGUCUUUGUCUCCAAAUCAUAACACUCUGCAAACACUAAAAACCGAUGGAAGAACAACUACUGGUCUGAGAGCUGAAUCUCCAGGGCCAGGAACCCGGUCGUCUUCUCCAAAGACAAAGACACUUACAGCCGUUAGAUCUGGUGCUAGUUCUCCACGAUCCUCAUCACCCCAGGACAAAACUCUACCUCAGAAAGCUUCAUCCCCUGUAAAAACAAAGCUUGAUCCUCCUCGAGAACGCUCUAAAUCAGAUUCUUACACAUUAGAUCCAGACACUCUUCGCAAAAAGAAGGUACCACUAACAGAACCCUUAAGAGGGAGGUCGACUUCACCCAAACCAAAAAUUAUUGCAAAAGAUGGAAAACCUGUUACAGAAACUGAAAACAGAGCUCCUUCUCCUCAUGUUGUACAAGAAAAUCUUCACAGUGAGGUAGUUGAAGUAUGUACUUCCAGUACUUUAAAGACGAACAGCAUUACAGAUAGCACCUGCGAAGACAACACAGAAUUCAGAUGUCUGGACGAUGGCUCUAACAAAGUUCAUUUCAGCAUCGGAAAAGCACCGCUGAAAGAUGAGCAAGACAUGAGAGCAUCUCCAAAAGUGAGCCGCAAAUGUGCUGGUAGGCACACAAGACCCAAAAAGGAAAAAUCCAGCUUUCUUUUCAAAGGAGAUGGUUCCAAGCCCGUAGAGCCUGCCAAGCAAGCAAUGUCACCUUCCGUUGCAGAAUGUGCUAGAGCUGUAUUUGCUGCAUUUCUUUGGCAUGAAGGAAUAGUUCAUGAUGCCAUGGCUUGUUCUUCUUUUUUGAAGUUUAAUCCAGAACUGUCCAAAGAGCAUGCGCCAAUACGGAGCAGUCUUACUCAACAACCUGCAGAGGAAAAAGAAACCAAGUUGAAAAAUAGACAUUCAUUGGAAAUAUCAUCUGCUCUUAACAUGUUCAACAUCUCCCCUCAUGGACCAGAUAUAUCUAAAAUGGGCAGCAUCAAUAAAAACAAAGUCCUCUCAAUGUUAAAAGAGCCACCUCUGCAUGAGAAGUGUGAGGAUGGAAAAACUGAAACUACCUCCUUUGAAACAUCCAGUCACCACACGAUGAAAUCAAAGUCUCCUCUUCCAUUAACCCUGCAGCACUUGGUAGCUUUCUGGGAAGAUAUUUCUUUAGCAACCAUUAAAGCAGCUUCCCAAAACAUGAUUUUUCCAAGUCCUGGUUCUUGUGCAGUGUUAAAGAAGAAGGAAAGUGACAAAGAUAACAAGAAAACCAAGAAAGAGAAAAAGAAAAAAGAGAAGGUUGAGACUAGGCCAAGGGGAAAUCUUUUUGGUGAGAUGGCCCAGCUUGCAGUGGGAGGACCUGAAAAAGACACCAUCUGUGAGUUGUGUGGAGAAUCCCAUCCCUAUCCAGUGACUUAUCACAUGAGACAAGCUCAUCCAGGUUGUGGCCGUUAUGCAGGUGGCCAAGGUUAUAAUAGCAUUGGGCACUUCUGUGGAGGAUGGGCUGGUAAUUGUGGUGAUGGUGGUAUUGGAGGAAGCACCUGGUAUUUGAUUAAACAAUCUAGGAGAAAACCAAUGCAAGUUAAGACUCCUCGUGCCUUGCCAACUAUGGAGGCUCAUCAAGUGAUUAAAGCCAAUGCACUGUAUUUACUGUCGCUGAGUAGUGCUGCUGAGCCCAGUAUCCUCUGCUAUCACCCUGCAAAAGCAUUCCAGUCCCAACUUCCCAGUGUCAAAGAAGGAAUUUCUGAAGACUUUCCUAUUAAAAUGCCAUGUCUCUAUCUACAGACUUUAGCAAGGCAUCAUCAUGAAAAUUUUGCUGGCUACCAGGAUGACAACCUUUUCCAGGAUGAGAUGAGGUACCUGCGCUCAACUUCAGUACCUGCACCGUACAUCUCAGUUACUCCUGAUGCAAGCCCUAACGUCUUUGAAGAGCCAGAGAGUAACAUGAAAUCUAUGCCCCCAAGCUUGGAAACCAGUCCAAUAACAGAUACAGAUCUUGCGAAGCGUACAGUCUUUCAAAGAUCAUAUUCGGUUGUUGCAUCAGAAUAUGAUAAACAGCACUCGAUUUUGCCAGCACGUGUAAAGGCGAUCCCUAGGAGACGAGUCAACAGUGGAGAUGCGGAAGUGGGGUCCUCUCUCCUGAGACAUCCAUCUCCUGAACUUUCUCGGUUAAUCUCCGCCCACAGCUCUCUUUCCAAAGGAGAGAGAAAUUUCCAGUGGCCAGUAUUGGCAUUUGUAAUCCAGCAUCAUGAUCUGGAAGGACUUGAAAUAGCAAUGAAACAAGCCUUACGGAAAUCUGCUUGCCGAGUCUUUGCCAUGGAGGAGAAAGACACAAGAGUAUGUGAACAUCCUCUGUCAGAUAUAGUGAUUGCUGGCGAAGCAGCUCACCCAUUACCCCACACUUUUCAUCGCCUCCUCCAGACAAUCUCUGAUCUUAUGAUGUCCCUUCCCAGUGGAAGUGCAUUACAGCAAAUGGCCUUAAGGUGCUGGAGUCUCAAAUUCAAACAAUCUGAUCACCAGUUCCUGCACCAAAGCAAUGUUUUUCAUCAUAUCAACAAUAUUUUGUCUAAAUCUGAUGAUGGAGAUAGUGAAGAGAGUUUUAGUAUCAGUAUUCAGUCUGGUUUUGAAGUCAUGAAUCAGGAACUGUGCAUAGUGGUUUGUCUAAAAGACCUGACCAGCAUUGUUGACAUUAAAACAUCAAGCCGACCUGCCAUGAUUGGUAGCUUAACAGAUGGAUCUACAGAAACAUUCUGGGAGUCAGGAGAUGAAGAUAAAAAUAAAACUAAAAACAUCACAAUUAACUGUGUAAAAGGAAUCAAUGCACGUUAUGUGUGUGUUCAUGUAGAUAAUUCCAGAGAUCUUGGGAACAAAGUGACUUCAAUGACCUUCCUAACGGGCAAGGCAGUAGAAGAUCUCUGCAGAAUAAAGCAGGUAGACUUGGAUUCAAGACAUAUUGGCUGGGUUACGAGUGAACUUCCUGGGGGUGACAAUCACAUCAUCAAAAUUGAAUUGAAGGGUCCGGAGAACACACUAAGAGUUCGACAAGUGAAAAUUCUUGGAUGGAAAGAUGGUGAAAGCAUUAAAAUAGCAGGCCAGAUUUCUGCAAGUGUAGCUCAACAAAGAAACUGUGAAUCUGAGACACUGCGAGUAUUCAGACUUAUUACAUCCCAGGUGUUUGGAAAACUCAUCUCCGGAGAUGCUGAGCCAACCCCAGAACAAGAAGAAAAAGCGCUGUUGUCUUCCCCAGAAGGAGAAGAAAAAGCAACAUCAGAUGCAGACCUGAAGGAGCACAUGGUAGGGAUCAUAUUCAGCCGGAGCAAACUGACAAAUUUGCAGAAGCAGGUGUGUGCUCAUAUAGUCCAGGCCAUACGAAUGGAAGCAACCCGUGUGCGUGAAGAAUGGGAGCAUGCCAUCUCUAGCAAAGAGAAUGCCAACUCGCAGCCCAACGAUGAAGAUGCUUCUUCUGACGCUUACUGCUUUGAGCUGCUGUCAAUGGUUCUGGCACUGAGCGGUUCCAACGUGGGCCGGCAAUAUCUGGCCCAGCAGCUGACUCUGCUCCAGGAUCUCUUCUCAUUACUACACACUGCUUCUCCCAGGGUGCAGAGACAGGUAACAUCAUUACUGAGACGUGUUUUGCCUGAGGUAACCCCUAGUCGCCUGGCUAGUAUUACAGGAGUGAAGUCUCUUCCACCAGCAGAUAUAAGUGAUAUCAUUCACUCAACAGAAAAAGGAGAUUGGAAUAAACUAGGUAUCCUGGACAUGUUUUUGGGAUGCAUUGCCAAAGCUCUCACUGUACAGCUGAAAGCCAAAGGAACUACUAUAACAGGGACAGCUGGCACUACUGCAGGCAAAGGAGUUACUACAGUCACGCUUCCAAUGAUCUUCAAUUCCAGCUAUAUUCGGCGAGGUGAAAGCCAUUGGUGGAUGAAGGGCUCAACACCUACACAGAUUUCAGAGAUCAUUAUUAAACUCAUUAAAGACAUGGCAGCAGGUCAUCUGUCGGAAGCUUGGUCUCGUGUAACAAAGAAUGCUAUUGCUGAAACCAUCAUAGCUCUGACCAAAAUGGAAGAAGAAUACAGAUCGCCAGUGAGAUGCAUUGCAACAACCAGACCAAUGUGUGAUAACCAUGAUGAUGGUGAAACUGCUGCAAUCAUUUUAUGUAAUGUCUGCGGGAAUUUGUGUACGGAUUGUGACAGAUUCCUUCACCUCCAUCGGCGAACAAAAACUCAUCAGAGACAGGUAUUCAAAGAAGAGGAGGAAGCUAUCAAAGUUGAUCUCCAUGAGGGCUGUGGUAGGACCAAACUUUUCUGGCUGAUGGCGUUAGCAGAUUCUAAAACUAUGAAAGCUAUGGUGGAGUUUAGAGAACAAACAGGCAAACCGACCACCAGCAGUUCUGAAGCGUGUCGUUUCUGUGGUUGUAGGAGCGGAACAGAAUUAUCAGCAGUGGGAAGCGUUUGUUCUGAUACAGAUUGCCAGGAGUACGCUAAAAUUGCCUGCAGCAAGACGCACCCCUGCGGCCAUCCAUGCGGAGGCGUUAAGAACGAGGAGCACUGUUUGCCGUGCUUGCACGGCUGUGAGAAGAGCACGACAACUCUGAAACAAGAUGCUGACGACAUGUGCAUGAUCUGCUUUACUGAAGCACUUUCAGCAGCACCAGCUAUCCAGAACAAAAUCAAUCAUUCAGUAUUAAAGGAUUUGCUUGAUCCAAUCAAAGAACUCUAUGAAGACGUACGGAGAAAAGCGCUAAUGAGACUGGAGUAUGAAGGGUUGCACAAGAGCGAGGCCAUCACAACACCAGGUGUCAGAUUUUAUAACGACCCAGCUGGCUACGCUAUGAACAGAUACGCUUACUAUGUUUGCUACAAGUGCAAAAAGGCGUAUUUUGGUGGUGAAGCUCGUUGCGAUGCUGAGGCUGGACAAGGAGAUGACUAUGAUCCAAGAGAGCUUAUUUGCGGUGCAUGCUCUGAUGUUUCAAGGGCUCAGCGUGCAGGAGUGGAGGGGCAGCAGGAGCAGCGCCCGAGUCAGGCUGGGCACCGCUGCUCUUCCCGGCUGACCGCACGCCGCCCGGGAGACGCGCGGCAGGACCUGGCGCUGCCACAUCCAGUGCGCAGCGCGUGCCGUACCAUUCCGAAGCCAACGUGUCGACCAGCACGUAAACGGUAUGGCUGCAUUUACACCAGGGAUUACAGCACUGCCGUGUUCCCGGGUCACGGAUUAGACGUCUGGAAUAGAAGCUUCAUGCGAGGGCAUCUGGUUUACAAAAGUCAUCUAGUUGUAAACUGA